CAGCCGGCGGCAGCGGACCUGACAGCACAGCCUAUUCCAGCUUCUUAUCGUUAAGGAAAAACUCCCCCAACUCUUAAGUAAAAUGGCCGAUGAGGAGAUUGCCGCACUUGUUGUUGACAAUGGCUCUGGUAUGUGCAAAGCCGGCUUUGCUGGAGAUAAUGCUCCCUGUGCUGUCUUCCCUUCCAUUGUUGGACGCCCAAGACAUCAGGGUGUCAUGGUUGGCAUGGGUCAGAAGGACAGCUAUGUAGGUGAUGAGGCCCAGAGCAAGAGAGGUAUCCUGACCCUGAAGUACCCCAUUGAACACGGCAUUGUCACCAACUGGGAUGACAUGGAGAAGAUCUGGCAUCACACCUUCUACAAUGAGCUGCGUGUUGCCCCUGAGGAGCACCCAGUCCUGCUCACAGAAGCCCCCCUGAACCCCAAAGCUAACAGAGAAAAGAUGACACAGAUCAUGUUUGAGACCUUCAACAUCCCUGCCAUGUACGUUGCCAUCCAGGCUGUGCUGUCCCUGUAUGCCUCUGGUCGUACCACUGGUAUCGUGAUGGACUCUGGUGAUGGUGUGACCCACACAGUGCCCAUCUAUGAAGGCUAUGCCCUGCCUCAUGCCAUCCUCCGUCUGGACUUGGCUGGCCGUGACCUGACAGACUACCUCAUGAAGAUCUUGACUGAGAGAGGCUACAGCUUCACCACCACAGCCGAAAGAGAAAUUGUGCGUGUCAUCAAGGAGAAGCUCUGCUAUGUAGCUCUGGACUUCGAGCAGGAGAUGGCAACCGCUGCUUCAUCUUCAUCCCUGGAAAAGAGCUAUGAAUUUCCUGACGGUCAGGUGAUCACCAUCGGAAACGAAAGGUUCAGGUGUCCAGAGGCCGUCUUCCAGCCAUCCUUCUUGGGUAUGGAAUCUUGCGGUAUCCAUGAAACCACCUUCAACUCCAUCAUGAAGUGCGAUGUAGAUAUCCGUAAGGACCUGUAUGCCAACACUGUCCUGUCUGGAGGUACCAUCAUGUACCCUGGCAUUGCUGACAGAAUGCAGAAGGAAAUCACUGCCCUUGCCCCUAGCACAAUGAAAAUCAAGAUCAUUGCACCACCCGAGCGCAAAUACUCUGUCUGGAUUGGUGGCUCCAUCUUGGCUUCCCUCUCCACCUUCCAACAGAUGUGGAUCAGCAAGCAGGAAUAUGAUGAGUCUGGCCCAUCCAUUGUUCACCGCAAAUGCUUCUAAACGGACUGCUAGCAGAUGCCUUGCAUUUGCUGCAUGAGAUCUUCAAGUAUUAAUUUGCCUCGGCAAAUGUGUACACCUCAUGCUAGCCUCGUGAAACUGGAAUAGAGCCAACUUCCAAACGAACUUGCCCUCGGAAUGUGAGACACUCUUAAGUCACAACUUUGACGGGGA